AUGGCCAACACCACCGUACGCGGCGCGACCGCCAUCCAUGGCCAGAACCCUCAGUACCUAGUCGAAUCUGUCAUCCGCAACCGCAUAUAUGAGUCGGUCUUCUGGAAGGAGCAUUGUUUCGCGCUGACUGCGGAAACUAUUAUCGACAAGACGAUAGAGCUCAAGUCAAUUGGCGGCGUCUAUGGCAACCAGAAGCCAACAGAAUUCCUCUGCUUGCUGUUGAAGCUCCUACAAAUCCAACCGGAGAAGGAGAUAUUACUGGAGUAUCUACAAGCGGAUGAGUUCAAGUAUCUGCGCGCCCUGGCGGCCUUCUAUAUACGAAUGACGUUCCGACCGGCCGACGUCUAUGAAGUCCUCGAACCAUUACUCAAGGACUAUCGGAAGAUACGAUAUCGAGGAAUGGGCGGUUACUCUAUCGUUCACAUGGACGAAUUCAUCGACCAACUACUGAACGAGGAGCGUGUAUGCGAUCUCAUCCUACCCCGGCUCACAAAGCGCGACGUCCUCGAGGAGCUCGAUGAGAUAGGCCCGAGGAAAAGUCGCUUGCUGGACGCUAUGGAGGGUAAAAGCGAGCACGGCAGCCAGAAGAGCCGCAGUAGGAGUCGGAGCAGCGACCGAAGCGGGGGAUCGCGGAGUCCAAGUGGCACUCGGAAUCGUUCUGCUUCAGGGAGCCCAGGUAGAGGCCGCAGUCUCAGUCGGGGGAGCAAGUCGCCCUCGCCUGCUGGGUCGCGGUAUGUUUCUCGUAGCCGAAGCCGCUCUCGAUCUGGGUCUGGCUCCCCGUACCGGUCGCGCAGUCGCAGCAUCUCUCCCGACCGUCUCAAUGGUUCGGCGGGCGGUUCACCAGCGCGGUUCCGUUCACGUAGUCGCAGCAUCUCUCCUGACCGUAUGGACACUACGGGCUGAUCUUCUCAUCCACCAACAGACUGCAUGUACCUAUUAUUGCGCGAAUGCAUCGCAUGACUAUUCAAAUGUCCUCGUUUACCC